AAAAAAUAUCGUUCAAGAGUUACGUAUAAAAAAAUUGAAUGAACUCAGAGAAAGAUUUAUCAUAUGCAUUUAGACGGAAUGCAUGCGACAUGUUCUUAACAUCAACAGUUAAUGCGUUUUCAAGCGCAUAUAUUCCAGAAAAAGGACGUGCAAGUAUUGCAGUAUGGCAAGAUGACAUAGUUGAUGGAAGAAUUGUUGAUAUUAAGUGUAUAGAGAAUAUUCAAAGUAUUUCUAGUCAUUUGUUUAAUGGUAGUAUUAUAAAUUUGAAUGAAUCGUCCGUAUCAGAAGGGUUACCAGUUCUAGAGAAUUCAACAAGAGUGGAUAAUUUUUCAAUACAUGAAGAAGAGCCGUUAAUAAUAUCGGAAGGGACGGGAGAGGGAGAAUGUAUGGAUAAAAAUUGGAUAGAUGAGAGUAGAAGAAGAUUGAUAAGUUCGUCAAUGAAUGGACGAAGAAGACCGCUUGCAGCAUUAUCUACGAAUACAUUAGCAGUUAAAAAAAAAGAGAGAUAUAGUUCAAUUGCAUUAUGUGAAACAGCUUUACAAUGUGAACCAGUAUAUACAUGUAAUAGCUCAGCAACGAUAUUAUCAAUUACGCCCUCGCUUACAGAAUUUUCACAAUCGAUACCAGUAGAACAUAAAACAAUGGUAUUGAAUGGAGAGAAUGAAUUAAAUGAAGAAUUUUCGAAUACAAAUAUGAAUAGUUCAAUGAUUGAGGAAAAUACGGGUCAAAAAAGACAAGAUACGCUUGCUCUUUCAUCAAUUGUUCUUGCUCAAUUUAGAACUAAGAGAAUAUCAACGUUGCGUGCAACGACACUUGGAAAACGUGUUGGACAAGAAUUGACGAAGCUUUCAAAUAAUUUUUCGUGUAAACGUCUUUUUCCUAACAAUAAAAGAACUAUUGUUGCUAGUCGACACUUUCGUCGUGUUCGUCAAAAAGCUACAGAAGAUGAAGUUGAUGACAUACUUCUUAAAUCAGAAUUUUCUCAUUCUCAUAUACAAAAUAUAUAUUCAGCACAAAAAUCUAUACGACCAUCGUACAUAUAUUCCAAAAAAAUCGAUUUUUUAGAUAAUAAUAUUGUAGUUAAGAGCGAAUCAUCAUCAGACUCAUCGCAUUCAUCUGAUUUUUUUUCACCUAUUUCAUCAAGGCCUACAUCACCUCUUUCUACACAGCGUACAUUUCCUGAAAAUAUUCCUAUUCAUCCGGAUUUUUUUCGUUAUUAUCUUGCUCAUCCACGUUUUACUUAUUCUAAUGGUAAUCCGCCUAUUCAAUAUGAUGCAGAUGAUCUUUAUAAUCCUCGAUAUAUCAAAGGUAUAGGAAUAAAUAAAAUGGGAAUGUGUCCAAUUUGUUGUGAAAAUAUUGAACGUGGUGGUCAGGGAAAAGAGGUAUGGUUAAAAAUGAAAAUAAGUGCAUUUUGGUAUCAUAUGAAUUUUUUCCAUGGAAUAAACCCGACAACAGCAUUACCAUAUUCACCUCCUGUGUCUUUUCGAACAGUUCCUCUAGUAACCAUAAAUGCUAAUGGUGUUUCAAAAAAGAAAAAAACAUCAGGGUUUACUAGUAUUCCAGAUAGAAAAGAAAUUCUUGAAGGAAAAUGUCAUAAAUGCAAGAAGUGGGUACGUGUUCAAGGUAUAAAAGAACAAGAGGUUAAAGUGGCUGAAAUUUUCUGGUGGAAACAUGCACGCAGCUGUCAUGGUACUAGUCGUAUUAAAGGAGAGGGAUGUGAAAUGCGAUAAAAUAACAACUUAAUAUUUUAUGACGUUUACAUAAUAUUUCUUCUA